AUGCAACAGCCGUAUGUCGAAGACAUUGAAGAUCGUGAGUUCAGCUUCAUAAAGAAUUUCUCAUGAUUUUUUUUAAUUUCAGUGGUUCGCGAUGUUUCUGCAGAAAUGACGCAUCGUUUGGGAAAGAUAGCGAAAUGGGAGGCACGAGUUCAUGGUCGGUCUACUGUUGGAGCUAACGCUAGAAGGAAAACAGUUUAGAUCUUGCCGUGGAGUGUGAGGCCCUCGAUCAACGUGUUUUCGGUUCCGAUGUUCCGAGAGACGCCAUCUGGGAAGAGCAAGCAAUGUUGCUCGCCGAGGUUACAACCGGCUGUCAGCUCAAAAUAAAUUCUCUUUUAUUCCAGAAAAAGUGCAGAAUGAGGGAGUUGGCUGAGAAAAAAGUUAGGCUGGUGGAACGGAGCGAGCGUGUACUGAUCGCCAUUUUCAACAAGGUCCUUUUUAGGGGUUUAGGCACCUAUAAGCACUCCCUGAGUUUUACUCCUAUAAGGGGGAUUUUUGUCCCCUACCGAGGCUCUUUUUUCUCCUAACCUCUAAGGGACCACUCUGGCGCUCCUGAGUACAAAUGAUUGUUUGAAGCGGGUAAACUUUAUAUCUUUCCCGGGAUGCGAAACUUGUAGGAUGAACGUGUUGAAUAAAAUCAGAAAUAGACAUGUUUUGUGUAGAUGAAAUGCUUACAAUCUCACAUUUACGCUGCGUAAAUUUUCGUGUGUACGAUUUGGGAUGUAAAUCCUAAGUAAUCGCGAAACUCAAAAAAAAUCCCACUGUGUCAAUUUCCGCCGUUUACACGCUGUUUAUCUUAUCCUGUCAAGACUUAUCUCUGCGAUCUUUGAAAUAUUUCCCAAAAAAGCCGUGAAUCGAGUAUUUAUCUUCAGAUUCGCGAAGCGACGUAUCAUUUCAAAAUUGAAAUGGAGGUGGACAACCCAGGGUCAGCAGAACAACGCGAGAAAUGUGAGUAAAACAUUAUUUUAAAAACGUGUAUCAUUCUUCGAAAUGCUGAGUUAUUUUGGCCUAAUUUCGCAUUUAUCACAAUUUUCAGUGUUCUACCAGGCUAUGGGCCUGCAUCAUUUGUUGGGUUUGGAUCACAUGGCCGGAGUGACGAACUUCGAGAAUCCUUUCGAGAAGGACUCUGAUGACUUCGACAAACAAAUGAUGGACUACUGCGAAUCUGGCUCGAAAGCCUCGUGAGAUCUUUUUUUUCUCUUCAUUGUGCAUUCUUAUCAUUUUCAGAGAUGAUUAUAAAGAUAGCCGUCGCGGUUCAAAUGCAGGAAAGCCUACAGUCGCGAAAAAGAAUGUCGGCAGACCUAAAACCGUUCUCAGUGCGUCUUUUUCGUUGGAUUCGCUUUGAAACGAUUUUUUUUUCUAGAAGAGAGGUCAAACGGGACGUUAAACCGAUCUGAGCAGUCGAGUGCUCGUAUUCCGAACAAAGUGGCUGACAAGAACGACAAAAAGGUUUAGCCUUUUUUCAACCUAUUUGUUUCAAUUUUUGUUCUGGAUUUUCUUUAGAAGAUUUCUCUUAACAAAGUGUUCCUAUUGAAAAUUCGAAAAAUUUCAAAAAUUGAGGAAAAAAGAAAGUUUACGAGGUUGGGAACUAAAGUCGGGUAUGUGAAGCCGAUCGAACUUUUAUUUAUGAAACUUGUAAAGUCUUAUAAUAUUUUGGCAUUUGUUUAAUUUUAGUAAGUUAUGUUGAGUUUAUCCUCUUUCGUUUUUUCAACUCAUUUUUUUUGUGAUCAGCUUCUUUUUUCCUUUUUCAAUACUAGUACUUUUAACUUUUGUAAAACUCUUGACGUUUGCAUGUUAAUGAAAAUUGGUAAGAUUUAUGGUUUCAAAAUCGAAAAAAAAAAAAUCCAAUCUCCAGAAAAAGGCUGGGAUGUCCAACUAUAUGAGGAAAAAAACUGAGCGACUCCGCGAACAAUCCAAAAUGAUGGAGGUUGGAUCUUCCGUAUAAACUUUUUGGCACGAAAUUCUGUGGUUCAGGCAUAUGAACGACGUAAGAUCGAAGCAUCUCAGAGACACUCGUUCAAAAACGGCGAAAAAGAUCGUCUGACACCUUUUUCCGUUGCGAGUUCCACUGGUUGGUUCAUCAAGUCAACGGAUCAGAACUCCCUUUCAGGCGAAGAAAGAGCCGGGCUGAAGCGAGACUCGAGUGAGGCGCCGACCGAGUUUUCCUCGUCAGGGGCUCUUGAAUGGCGCGAUGGUGAGUGGAAGAAGAAAGCUAGCAUUUUGUGAAAUGGUCACUCCAGGAGAUAGCGAUCGUGCGUCGGCGUUGGCCGCCUCUGCAUUCGCCGACGUCGCCGACGACGCCAACGACUACAACCUUGACGACGACGACGCCGACCUCAUGGAUGCCUUCGACUUCUGUCCGGGUGCUCUUCCAUCGCCGCCGCGCGAGAUCAUGGACGCUCUCGAUGUCAGUUUUAGGCAUUUGAAGUACAAAAAAUAGUUUCGUACACAACGAGAAUAUUACAAGAGAAAUCAUUUCGCAGAUAUAAGUUUUUUCCAAUUGUCAUGGUUAUGAUGCACUGAAAAAUUCCGUUUCAAUGCCAUGUUUGCUUCAGAAUAAACUCUCAAGUUUUCAACCCUACCCACCAUUUUUUCGGUUGAAAAAUUUCUCAAUUAUCAUCAAUUUUUAGAUUUUUAAAGCUUUUUUCUUGUUUUUUUAUUGAGAUGCUUCCCCGCCAAAAAAUAGAUAAACUUCAGGAUUCGAGCAUUUUUUCAUUCGGAAACGGCUUCGAGACCAAUCCAACCAGUGAUGAGCGUCUAUCACAGAAAAAUGGCUUUGAUAGCGGUGAGCGUUCGGUGAGUUGAAUCCGGUUCUCUGAAACUUUUAUCCCCUUUUAUAAUGGUCCAAGAUAGGUAUUGAAAUAGUUAUAAUCAGUAUUCAUUUGAAGUAAGACCGCCCAAUUUCGAAAUUUUUUCUAAAUAUUCAUUCUAUCCCCACUCAAAAAUCAGUCAAAAGUACCCUAUCAUCAGUUGCUUCGAAUUUUUUAGCCCUAAUGAAAAGUUUGUUUGUUUUUUUUGAGUUCUCAAAAUAGGAAAACUUUUUGCUUGUCGUAGUAGUCUGUUUUAAAGUUGUGUCAUGUUAUUACGGUACUUUUCAGACAAGUUUUAUUUUUCUUUUAAACGCUCUAUCAUUGAUACGGUCUCAAUUUGACGUUUUGUAAUAACCCCUUUCUUUCAGCGAAACUCUAGUUUUUCACCUUUCCAUAGCCUUGUAGGUGAGGGAAAAUAGACGCCGAAAGGCCAGACUCUUUCAAUUCGUUGUGAUUUACGUAUAUUGCAAUCAAUUGGUCAGCAAUUCCAUGUUUUCAGACACCAAGUCCGGCGGUCGUCAGCUCGGGAAAAACUCCAACGAUUGGUGACGCGCAGCACGAAAGGCGCAAAAGAAACUUCAUGUUCGGGACGGUCUCGGACACGAGUAUGCAUGGCCGCCCUAGAAAGUUGUUGAUGGCCAAUCCGGCAGAACAAACAACGGCCAGUUUGAGAUUGACGGAUCGCGCUGUCGAGUUGGUACAGAUGAAUCGCGCCAAGGAGGAGAAACGCCGCGCCGACGAUGAACAGUCCUGGUGCUUCUGCAAAGACGUGAGUAACUUCUUGUUUUCGUUGAAAUAUCAGUGGUAUAAAAAAAAGACCAGCAAAAAUUCAAACGGCGACUUUUCCGAUUUUUUCAUACCGCUAGAGAACUUUCCGACGGCCACCUAUCCGACAAAUCUUUUUCCGACUUUUUUUUCUCGAUAAAACCUUAGUUUUAAAUUUUCCUAUAUAAUGUAGGUAGUUGGUUCAUGAUUGAAACACAAAGAAACAGGAAAAAAAUGUUAAUAAAUAUUUUAUAAACCGAAAAAUAUAAAGGUCCAAAAUCGGAAAAAAGAUUCGGCGGAAAGGUGGCCGUUGGAAAGUUCCCUAUAGAUAUGAAAAAAUCGGAAAAGUCGCCGUUAGAAUUUUUUCUGGUCUUUUUUUUUUCAUACCACCGAAAUAUCGAACGUAAGGUCAUUUGCAACACACGUAAGAUCUCCUUUGUAGCUUCGAGUAGCAGCCGGAAAAGUUUUUAAAACUUUUUAGUUGAGUUAUAAUACUCAAAAGUACGUGUUUUUCAAAAAUUUAUUUCACUCAUCAUCAUUAAAAAUUUUGAUUACCUAAAAUUUUCCGAUUUUGAUGAGAUCUCAUGAGCAAUGAGGAAAAGAAGGUGGAAUAAAAUAUUUGAGAUCUCAUAAGACGACGAGGAAUAUUGGAGAACAGCUCUCCACAUAACCGGUGGUCGACCUGUUAGAGUUGAUUAUUGAAGCAUAUAGCUGAUUCACGGCUGGCUUGAGCCAUCGAAAAACGGGUCCUGACACGAUAAUGCACGAGAUAGCGCCUGACUCGUGGAGAGCGCAGACAGGAAACACUCCCUUAGCGUCCCAAGCUGGUCGUGAAUCAGCUAUAGUCGAUUCCAAAGAGAGAAGACUGUGCUGAAUGAAAAAUAUUUUUCUUACAGGGCUCCUCGGACUCGCGUAUGAUUGCCUGUGACGGUCCCAAUGUGAGUAAACUUGAGCUUUUUCCUUUCUAAAUGAUGAUUCCAGUGUCCCACUCUUUGGUUUCACUUCGACUGCGUCGGUUUGCACUCGGAACCGGAUGGAAAAUGGUUUUGCCCCGGAUGUUCGUCGGACAAUUAA